AUGCCGCCGAAGUUCGAUCCCUCACAGGUCGUCGACGUCUACGUCCGAGUCACCGGCGGUGAAGUCGGCGCGGCGAGUUCGCUUGCCCCAAAGAUCGGUCCUCUCGGUCUCUCCCCAAAGAAGAUCGGAGAAGACAUAGCCAAGGAGACCGCCAAGGACUGGAAGGGCUUACGUGUCACCGUCAAGCUCACCGUCCAGAACAGGCAGGCCAAGGUCUCUGUGGUGCCGUCGGCGGCGGCGCUGGUCAUCAAGGCUUUGAAGGAGCCCGAGCGCGACCGCAAGAAGACUAAGAACAUCAAACACAGUGGAAACAUCUCUCUAGACGACGUCAUCGAGAUCGCCAAGAUCAUGAAGCACAGAUCCAUGGCCAAGGAGCUUGCCGGCACGGUGAAGGAGAUUCUCGGCACCUGCGUAUCCGUCGGGUGCACGGUCGACGGUAAGGACCCUAAGGAUUUGCAACAGGAGAUUGCCGAUGGUGAUGUUGAGAUCCCUCUCGACUGA